GGUUGUGCGUAAGGACGGCGGGUCAGCUGACAGCUAUCAGAGGACCAGGAGGAAGCAGCGGAAUUAGCGGGUGUGUGAACUGGGAACCUACUGGAUCCUGACAGAAUAUCCGAGGCCAAACGGGGAGCGAAAGACUGGUGGCAUUCGCGAGAGAACUAGGGCGGGGUUUGGUUUCACCAUGGCCAGUUGGGACUGAGAAGCAGCCACAAUGAUUGGAGGAUUGUUCAUCUACAACCACAAGGGGGAGGUCCUCAUCUCCCGGGUCUACCGAGAUGACAUCGGGCGUAAUGCAGUGGAUGCGUUCCGUGUAAACGUGAUUCACGCCCGGCAGCAAGUUCGAUCCCCGGUGACCAACAUCGCCCGCACCAGCUUCUUCCAUGUCAAGCGCUCCAACAUCUGGUUGGCGGCCGUCACCAAGCAGAAUGUCAACGCUGCCAUGGUGUUCGAGUUCCUUUACAAGAUGUGCGACGUCAUGACAGCCUAUUUUGGCAAGAUCAGCGAGGAGAACAUCAAGAACAACUUUGUGCUCAUCUACGAGCUGCUGGAUGAGAUCCUGGACUUUGGAUACCCCCAGAACUCAGAGACCGGAGCUCUGAAGACCUUCAUCACCCAGCAGGGCAUUAAGGGACAGCACCAGACAAAAGAGGAGCAGUCUCAGAUCACCAGCCAGGUGACGGGGCAGAUUGGCUGGCGUCGUGAAGGCAUCAAGUAUCGCCGCAAUGAGCUUUUCCUGGACGUACUGGAGAGCGUCAACCUGCUCAUGUCACCACAAGGCCAGGUCCUGAGUGCUCACGUGUCGGGCCGAGUAGUGAUGAAGAGCUACCUGAGCGGGAUGCCCGAGUGCAAAUUUGGCAUGAACGACAAGAUUGUCAUCGACAAGCAGGGCAAGGGAGGAGCGUCUGAUGAUGCAGGGAAGAGUGAUUUAGGGGGAGGAAGUGGGAAGCAGUCCAUAGCCAUCGACGACUGCACUUUCCACCAGUGUGUGCGCCUCAGUAAGUUUGACUCGGAGCGUAGCAUCAGCUUCAUCCCCCCUGAUGGAGAAUACGAGCUCAUGAGGUAUCGCACCACUAAAGACAUCAUCCUGCCGUUCCGAGUUAUUCCUCUGGUGAGGGAGGUUGGCCGCACUAAACUGGAGGUUAAAGUGGUCAUCAAGUCCAACUUCAAACCCUCGCUGCUGGCUCAAAAGAUCGAGGUGCGCAUCCCAACGCCCCUCAACACCAGCGGCGUGCAGGUGAUUUGUAUGAAGGGAAAAGCCAAGUACAAGGCCAGUGAGAACGCCAUUGUCUGGAAGAUCAAACGCAUGGCUGGGAUGAAGGAGUCUCAGAUCAGUGCUGAGAUCGAGCUGCUGCCGACCAACGAUAAGAAGAAAUGGGCCAGGCCUCCCAUCUCUAUGAACUUUGAGGUUCCUUUUGCUCCGUCUGGUCUGAAGGUGCGCUACUUGAAGGUGUUUGAGUCCAAGCUCAACUACAGUGACCACGAUGUCAUCAAAUGGGUGCGGUACAUCGGCCGCUCCGGCAUCUACGAAACGCGCUGCUAAAGUUCAACCCGCGCCAGGCAGCGAACUGACCACUCUCCUCCCAUCUAUCCUGUUAAGAUUUUUUUCUUCUGCCCCUUCCUACUUUGUCUCUCUCCUCCCCUCAGUCCUUAUAGCUUCUCUCAUACAACCCCCGCCCACCCUUCCACCACCGCCCUCAACCCUUCCUAACUAGGUGUUGGAGAUUGAAUUUACAUCGUUAAAAAAAAAUAAAAUAAAUAUGAUAUAAUGCACAGAUAUAUGCAAAAUGUGAACCAUUGUAUCGUAUAUAUCUCGUAGUGAUGAGUAAACCUGUAAACCAACUGGUGUCCGAAAGAUAAAGACAAGUGAUGCAGAUGGGGACCAGGGGGAGAGGACUGGAGGCACCUGUGGGUGUCUUAAGGGGUACUCUCGUGUUUAUUCAGUGUUGUUAUUCCACUAUACUCUCCAGUUCCUUUAGACGUCCCACAAGUCCUAGAGUUGUAGCUGUUGUGGUUGAAAUCCCGAUAUCGUUCCCUGUAUAUGAACUUCUGUCGACCCUUUAAAUAAAGAUGCAUUGUCUGAUUCUGUAUUGUGGACUGAUCUAUAUUUGAUCUGUUUUGUGGGAGCGGUCAUUCGGAUCAAAAGUCUUAUUGGGGUAGCUAAAAAAAAAGAGGAAUCUAUAGUGACCGACUGUUUUUGUACUUUCUGGAGAGUGUAUUCUUUCCCUUGCUAUUUUUCCAUUAUCAGUUUUGCCGGCGUUCAGUUAGCGUAGAGGGUAACAUUCCAGACAGUUCUGAGGUCCGACCGUCAUCUCGAUGAGCUAGUUCGUGACCCACAUUUCCUGUUUCUUAGGCGCCAAGAUCAACUUUGUCACACUCUUUUUGACUCAAAGAAGCUUUUGGAGAAAUCUGGCACUGGGAGUGUGUUUGCAGUGAGGUGAGGUCUCCCCCUGGUGUUUGCCUCGUCACUGUCUGCUUCUUCAUGUUUGUAGCCCUGGUGACCGUUCUGUCCAAUAAAAUCUGACUAUGUAACCAAA